UCCCGCUGCGACGCCCGCCCCUCAUCGGCGCGGGUGGAAACCCCGUGCGAUCCGGCGCGCCGCUCUUUCGGGGAGCCGCCAUUCCGCGAGCAAGUCGCGGGUGCCGGUUUCACCAUGCAGAUCUUCGUGAAGACCCUCACGGGGAAAACCAUCACCCUCGAGGUUGAGCCUUCUGAUACUAUAGAAAAUGUAAAGGCUAAGAUCCAGGAUAAGGAAGGCAUUCCUCCUGAUCAGCAGCGACUGAUUUUUGCUGGUAAGCAGCUAGAAGAUGGACGCACGCUGUCUGACUACAAUAUUCAAAAAGAAUCAACUCUUCACCUUGUGCUGAGACUUCGUGGCGGUGCCAAGAAAAGAAAGAAGAAGUCUUACACUACUCCCAAGAAGAACAAGCAUAAGAGAAAGAAGGUUAAGCUUGCAGUGCUGAAGUACUACAAGGUGGACGAGAACGGCAAGAUCAGUCGUCUGCGCCGGGAGUGCCCCUCUGAGGAGUGUGGAGCAGGAGUCUUCAUGGCUAGUCACUUCGACAGACACUACUGUGGCAAGUGCUGUCUGACAUACUGCUUCAAUAAACCAGAAGACAAGUAAAUGUACUAUACAAUAAAAAUCUGAAGUUCUGUACGGUUUAA